CUAAGCAACAUGUAAACUUCCGGUUAAUUUCCUGCCUUCGGAAAUGGAUCUUUUUUAAUACAAAUACUGCUUUACUAACAACGAAUAUGUCCUAUAGUGCAAUGAGCAAAAGGGCUCGUAACCCGUACGAGACCCUGGAACGAAUGCUGAAUAAAACGACCCUAUCAACGCAACGGAUAGCCCAUUCAAAUAUCGUGGAGUUAGGAGCUCACAUGGUAUCAACGAAGGCUGGAGAUUUUCAGGAAGAACAUGAAAGGGAACUACAGACAGCUGUUGACGAAUCAGAAGAAAGGGCCACUAGAGAACUCAGAGCAGCCCUGAAACGCCUGCGUGAAGAUAAAGAUCAUGAAAAAAAUACAGCUUUGCGUAAUCAAAAAGAGUAUUAUGAAAAGAUCCAAAGACGUGUAGAAGAGCAACGCAACAGAGCAGAGGAGGAACGCGACAGAGAAAACACCAAAAGGUUUCUGCAAGAAAAAGAAGAAGCCCUAAAUCAACAAUGGCAGGAAUGUGAGAAACGUAAAGAGGAGGCAGUAGCACUGGCCUGCGAAAAACUGACGCACAAACUUAAAUUGGAGUUUGCGUAUGAGAAGGAACAGGCUGUAGCAGAGGCACUACGUAUAGCAAAGGAAAAGUAUUUGAUACGAGAACGAAACACAAUAGAGAAGACCCGACGAGAGUGUGAGGAACUUGCCAGACAGGAGGCCGCCAGGGUGGCAAAGUUACACCAACAAGAUAUUGAUCGAUGCAAUGAAAGGUAUAACUUGUUAGAAAGAAAAUGGUUGAGAGAAAUAGAACACAGAAAAAAUGUGGAACAAGAUUUCAGGGAACUACAAGAUGAUUACCGGAGAUUUAUGGACUACACAGACGGAAUGUUCCACUCUGAUUAUCUCAUGCAGCUGAGACACAUGGGCCAGAAACUUGCCGAGAAACAAAUUAAAGCUGUUACAUAUGAAGAUCUUGAGAAAAAGUUUGAUAGUGCUGAAGAAGAGCCUGAAUUCUUUUGAGUUCUUUUUUAAAGUCUAUGACUAUGUCACAGACACUGCAGUUUGCUGGCAGUACAACACUAGGAAAUAUUUGAACCAGUCAGUUGAACAAAUAUAGCAAAAGCUAGGUACAGUUAGUUUUAAAACUGAGUUUUGAUACCAGUCUUGAAAUGCAGACCUGCCAUUGGUCAGUUUUAAAACAAUGUUUUAAAACAAUCAGUCAAGUGCUUCAGAUUGCAAACUGGUCUCCAAACGCUGGUUUAUAGCCGCAGUUUCUGCAAGAUAUUUUGCAGAAAGGAAUUGUUUACAAAGCUGUAUGUUUUAGUAUUGUUUAGCAACCCUAUGUUAAAAUUUCAAUGGAGAGAAAUUUCAUCAUCAGAAUGAAAGAGUAAUGGUUUUUAUCAAGUUUGAAUGAAGAUUUUUUUUUAAAUAAUUAUUUUUCUACAUGCAUAAUAAUUUUACACUACCCAUGGUAUCAAGGCUGAUAAUUUUGUUGUACAAAUUUUCUGUCUGUCUCGUUUUGGCUAUAUUUUUAGUGUGAAACAAACAGCAGAACUGGUUGUGAUUUUUGUUUUUAUGUAGAAGUCGUAGUGCCAGCCAUACCUUACCAAAUAUCAUAUAGUGCCUAUAUUCAUUUAAUCAUGUAAUUUAUUUUUAUAUACUUACAUGUGAUAAAUCCAUCAUAAUCUGUGAUAGCUGUGUUUUUUGUUUUUGUUUAGUGAUAUGUUUUGUUAUUGAAUUAUGAUAAAAAUUAUAUUGUACAUACUACAAUCUCACUCUCUCUCAAAAAGGGUGAAAACGUGUAGAGAAUUUAUGCCUGCAUGUUUAAAACAGGAGUUUUCCAACUUGAGGGACAGAAGAGAAUGAGAAAAUUAAAGAAUAAGCAAUGAUAUUACCUGAUUUGUCUCGGGGACUGCGUAAAAACCUUUUUUUUACACAGGGGGCAUGUAAUCAUUUUUCUUUGCCUACCUUUAAUGUUAUUGAAAUAUGUUCAAACAUACUUGUAAUUUACAAACCACAACAUGUGUAGUUCAUGAUAUAAUGAUAUGUCUUCACAAUGUGCAUGUCUACCGGUAGUUAUUCUUUUCUCCGGGGAAAAGAUGAGGUGAUCUACUACCAAAAUAACACUAUGUAGGCAAGAAAAGUAUCAUCUGACUAUAAGUUAAGCUUUAACAUUAAAGAUAUAUUAUUUAUAGUUUGUUUUUAUCACCUGAAGUGCCUUUUGUUGUUGCACUGUUCAUAAAUGUUUUAGGGUUGUCAGAUAUAAAUAUGUAAAGCACUGUCAGACUUCUUGUCUGUCAACAUUGCUAUGUAGGUAUUUGGUCAGUCUUGCCCUGCUCUCCAGACCCUUUCUAUGAAAAUUCCUUUCGUCAUCAUUUCUUUUCAGUAAUGCCAGACAACAGCUAAAUAAGUAAAGAAGGGGAAAAUAUUAAAAAUUAUACAAUAUUUUUGACAGGUUGAUAUAUCAUGUACAAUUUUGUACAUGUAUUUUUAGUAAUAUUUUCAGUGUAACAAGUGUUUUAGGGUUUUUUUUGUGUAUAUUUGUGUUCAUGUUAUGUUUCUUUGUGUUCAUCAUACAAUGUCUCCUCUUUAACCUUUACCCUGCUAAAUUUCUAAAAUGGACUGGUCUGUCAUGUAAUUUGGGCAAUGCCAUUUAUUAUUUGAAGGGAUUUUCACUUAAAAUUUAUGGACCGAAUAGCGAACGGUAUACAGACCAAGAUCAGACUGCACAGAUGUAAAGGCUGAUCAUGGUCUGCACUGGCCGCAAGGCAGAGUCACUUGCUGCCAGCAGGCUAAAGGUUAAAAACCUAUCUAGAUUCUAAAAGGAUAUCAAAAUUACAUAGGUAAGAAACUCUUAGAUUUAUUUUUGAGAAAUCAGGUUAUCAAAAGGAACAUAAAAUACAACAAGUUUUUGUUAUUUUUUUGUAUUGAUUAUUAACAUGUGAAAGUCAAAGUAUCCUUCACCAUAUUACACAUAGAAACAAUGAUAUUAGAAGUUUGUUCCUUGCGGUAAAAAAAAGUUGUUUACUGCAAAACAAAUUGUAAAAAUCUUUAAAACAUAUCAGCCUUUUUCUUUAAAAUAUCUUUAAUCUAGUCAUUUCAUCAAAUUUUGAGUUUGAAAAUUUUCACAUUGCUGCCAGGUUUGAAAUCACCUUUAGUUUAGAGUUUCUACUUCCUAUUUCACAAAGUUGCUUCAGAUCUACUUAUGCACUCUACUUGUGUAGCUGCUUAUAAAUUAAUCUGGAUUGUCUCCCCUGAACUGUGGAUACUUAAAAUAGCCACACAGUUUAACUUGAGAGAUAUAUGUGCUUGUAAUUGUAAUUUGUGACUUUAUGUUUUAACUAGAUAAUUUUUGUCAAGUCUGCAGUUUACUUAUAUUUUUUAAGCUUUGUUGUUCAUAUAUGUGGUUGCAUGUUUUUAAUGGUGAUGCAUCCAAUUAACAGUGAUAAACAUAUUGUUUAUCAUUAUGCAGUAGUUGUUUACCAUCUGUUGUGAAAUAAUAUUCCUUGUUUACCAGUUUCUUUGUUAAAGAGUAUUAUUUUCAGUAACAUAUAAUUUUUGCUUAAUAUAUAUUUUUUAUUAUAUAACAGUAUUAUAUUUAUAGUGCAUAUACCUAACUUAUGUACUCUUAGCUGCCCAUUUUACGCACGGUGAUUGUUUUGGCCAUUUAGUUUGUAGAGUUUGUUUUUCAGUUUGAAACUAUGUAGUGUAUUUUUGUUGUUUUAUAGUGUACUGGAUUAAUUAUAACAUUUUUUUAAUUUUAAAAGAGGAAUAUCAAGAAUAUUUCCUGUCAUUGUCAUGUAUAUGUGAAGUUGCAUGCUGGAGAAUCGAUGACUCAAGCUCCAGGGCCCACUUAAGUAGUCAAGUUCUCCUGAUUAUUUUCUUUAUAUUUACUAUCUUUGAACCACUCAAAAUCCUAGAUAACACAAGGAUCACAUUCAUUCCCUUCCUUGAGUGAUAGGUAUUUUAUUGUGUAGUUUUCAUUAAAAGAAGUACUGACAACAUAUUGGCAUCAGCAUCGCCGUUGGUUAAAGUUUUUGAUUAAGUCCAAUAUCUCUGUUACUAUCAAAACUAUUGACUUGAAAGUUAAAGUGGUUAUUUACUAUCAAAGUCUACAUCAGGAGAAACAAUCCCCAUAACUCUGAUUUGAAUUUUGACAGAGUUAUGCCCCUUUUUAACUUAUAGUUUUUUCUGUUAAAGUUUUUGAUAAAGUCAAAGAUCUUUAUUACUAUCAAAGCUUUUGACUUGAAACUUAAAAUAGUUAUUUACUAUCAAAGUCUACACAAGGAGAAACAAUUCCCAUAACUCUGAAUUGAAUUUUGACAGAGUUAUUACCCUUUUUAACUGAGAUAAUUUCGGUUAAAGUUUUAUAAAGUUUUUACUGGCAAAGCUCUAAUUCAGAGCCGAGCACUGAGAAAAGUCAAGCGCACUGUCAUCAGACAGCUCUUGUUUUUAAUGCUUUUUUCAUGAAAAUCUACAAAUUAUAAAAUAUCUUUAAUAAUAGGCUGUUCUAUUUAUAGCUUAUUGAAAGGUAUUAAAACAAAUCAAAUGGAGACUAUCUAGUGAAAUCUUCAUCACUAUGAAACAAUUGUUGGUCACUACACUCGCAUCCUGUUGGUUUCUAUUUCACUUCUUAGCCUGUAUAUGUACACUUCCAGAGCUUAUAAGGUAGCUCUCACAUCUCACAUGUUUGAUUCCAGGGCAAGAAGAAUUUUCUGCAUGUUAGUUUAUGUCUAAAGUCAUUUGUCGUCUGCUGCUAAUUUAAGUAGUGGAGUUGCCAGUUACUUGCAGAAAACAUGUCAGUUCUGAUACAGAGUCCAUGAACUCUGGUUACGAAACUGAAAGACUGAUGAAAAAUGGCAUGUAAACCAAAACCAAAUGAUCUAUGAAAAUACAUACAGAACAACAAAACCGCUAGUUUAGUUUCCGCAUAACUCGUGCUUGGAUAUAGUAGAUUUAGGCAAACAUUUCACUGUAUGAUAUACAUGUACAAACUCACAUCAAAACUGUGCAAUACUGUAGAAUAGAUCCUUUUAUAGUCUAUAAUACUACAGAGAUGGCUGCUUUCUAGGUAGCACUGUGCUGGUAAAAUGUUUUUUUGUGUGCGCAUUACUUUUUUGGCUGUUACAGGAAGUUGGCAAAUUUACUACAUUUUUAUACGCCGGUCUCUGAAAGAGCGGGGCGUAUUAUGUGAACACCUGUAGAGGCGGGCGGUCAGUGUCCAAAAGAAUGUCCGCUUUCUAAGUCAAACAGUUUUCAUACAAUCUUCACCAAACUUGGUGACAUUGUUUGUGGACAUAAUAUCUCGGCCAAGUUUGAUAACCAGCAAAAUCGCCCCAGGCACUCUUGAGUUAUGGCCCUUCAAUUACUCAAACUCUGCAAAUUUAGCCUUGUCCACUGCCUAAGUCGAACAAUUUUCAUCCGUUCUUCCACAAACUUCCAGAUAAUGUUUGUGGGCAUAUUAUCUCAGCCAAGUUCGAUAACCAGUCAAAUCGCCACAGGCACUGUUGGAUUAUAGCCCUUGAAUUUCUCAAAAUCUGCAAAUUUAGCCUUGUCUGUUCAGUAAGUCGAACAGUUUUCAUCCGAUCUUCACCAAACUUGCUGACAAUAUUAAUUUUAUGGGCAUAAUAUCUCGGCCAAUUUCGAUAAGCCAAAUCUCCCCAGGUACUCCUUGACUGUAGCCCUUGAAUUAGGCCAAGUUUGAUGAUGGGCAUAAUUUGUGACAGUCUGUCACUCUUGUUACUAAUGUUUUUUGUGUAGGCAGUGAUGUGGCUGAAGAUAUACUGCCUACCUAUUACAAGCAAAGAAGGAUAGUAAUAAUUAACAAUUAUAAAUUUUACCCAUUCUUGUUUUUCCUUUUUAGCUUGACUAUUUGAAGAAUAGGGGAGCUAUCCUACUCGCCUUAGCGUUGGCGUGAAAGUGAGCGUUAGCGUGAGGGUCACACAAAUGUUAAAAGUUUGUGUACCACCCCAAAUAUUUUCAAAGUCCAUUGAGAUAUUGCUUUGAUAAUUUGCAUAUUUAUGUACCAUCAUGACCCCAGUCUGUAAAAAGGAGGAGGCAACUCUAUCAAGCACUUUGACUGAAUUAUGGCCCCUUUUCGACUUAGAAUAUGCUUAUUGUAAUGUUAAAGUUUGCAUACCACCCCAAAUAUUUUCAAAGUCCAUUGAGGUAUUGCUUUGAUAUUUUGCAUACUUGUUUACCAUCAUGACCUCAAUCUGUAAAAAGGAGGAGGUGAUUCUAUCAAGCAUUUUGACUGAAUUAUGGCCCCUUUUUGACUUAGAAUAUGCUUAUUGUAAUGUUAAAGUUUUACUCAUAGCUUAUAAUAUACUAUCAAGCACUGAGAAUAGUCAAGCACGCUGACCACUGACAGCUCUUGUUUCUUUUUCGCUUAUAAGUUACAUUUUUAAACAUAGCUUUGUAUGUGUAAUGUCUCAAAAUAUGUUGUUUUUCUUAUUUCAUUUUUGUUAUAUAUUAGCAGGAAAUCAGUCUGUAUUAAAAAACAACAGAAAUGGUUGGCCUGUAAGUGGUUGUGUACUGAUUGCAUAUGAAUUUUUUUACUGAUGCCUAAAGUUUUUGUAUUGCCAUAUAUUUUAGUUGUAGAAGUACUGUAAAAGCAGAAAUUAUCGCGAGGGUUUAAUUUUCGCUAUAUUCGCGAGGCCCUACAUCUUGCGAAAAUUAAUCCUCGCAUACAUAUUCAACGUUUGUAAAAUGCGAAUUCAAGUUAGAUACCAUUUACAAUUUCGUGAAUAUUAAACCUCGCAAACAUAGUCAUAAUUCCAAAAUCGCGAAAUUUUGACCUCGCGAAAAUAUGUGCUUUUACAGUAACACUCUGAAAAUAAUCUUCAGUUUCUAAAAUUUUGCAGAAAUGCUUUCCUAGUCAUUUUUACCCUCCUUGAUCAAACUGCUGCUUUAGUAUAAAAAUAGACAUAUUGUACAUUUUUAUAAGUUAUACUUAUUACUGUUUAAAGGGGCAUACCUCCUAAUGUUGUCCACAUUAUAGCAUUUAACCCUUACCAUGCUGGACAUGAUUGAUUCUGUCUUUGCGACCAGUGUAGAUCAUGAUCAGACUGCACUGAUGAUCUGCACUGUUCGCUAUUCAGCCAGUAUUUUUUUGGUAUUUAGCACCCCUUUUAACAGUUAAUGGUAAUGUCCAAAUUGAAAGAUGGACAAGUUCAUUAAAGAAAUUUAGCAGUGUAAGGGUUAAGUUGAUGCAAAGUACAUAAUAAAUCAUAUAAUUACAUGACUCCUCAUAUAAAUCGUGAGUCAGUACUUUCUGCUGGUAACCAGUCUAUAGUUUGACACAGGUUGGUUGGGCUAAAGUGAGAAAUUGAGUGAAAAGUAGUUUGAAAUUCAUUCCUGACAUCAUGUAAUAAAACACUUAUUGAAUGACUGGCCAGUCAAUAGUCAAAACUAUUUGCCCUCGGUCUUUCAGUAAGUGUAUGAUAUGAUAUACAUGUACAUACAUCCUCCUUCUUUAGUCAGAUUAUGACAGUGUGACUUAUGAAUCAGAGUUUUUCUACCAGCUUUAUAGCUUUUAUGAGAAUUUACAUUAAUGAAUAAUACUACUGAAAAUUCAGUGAGUCACUUCACUAUGUUUGUACGUAAUAGAAAAGAUUUUUUUCAAAUUUUGACAUAAAUCUUGAGGUGUGCCCCUUUAAACCUUUCUUCCAACGAUUAUAGUUUCGUUUAUAUCUUCAGUAUCUUAAGUUCUUAUUGUUCUAUUUAAAGUUGUACAUAUGUAAACUUGAAAGGAUGAUAUUAACAUAGUGUUGUCAUUUAGUGCUUUAAGAAGGACAUGGAAGUGUUGGUUAUAAAAUACAGUUUAUACAGAAAAUUAUGUAAAAGCCAUUUAAUACACAUAAUAUUAUACAGACAAAAAAGCGACGUUUAAGUCAGAGAAGUCUUGAUGUAAAGGAAUAUAUUUUGAAUUACCUGUCUCGGUACAAAGAAUGGAAUAGUACAGAUAAGAGUAAAUGGGUUUCUUUGGCACUGUGAAUACUGUUCCAUUGCUACUGCUGAACAAGAAUGUGCAGUGCAUUGUGUAUAACUGCUGUAACUGCCGUCGGUAUCAAUUAUGUGAAAUCAUUACAUCGUAUAUGCACCAUAACUGUUCAUUGUUUAUUUUAGAAUUGUUUCAUAUUAUGAUAUGUGCCUCAGAAAUAUGGCUAAAUGAUUAAAUGACUAGUCUUCAAAUACUUUUUUUCCAUCAUCUUCUGUUAAUAGGCAGAAAAUAUUUAUUUUUAAGUAGUAGUAACACAAAUAAAAGUGACAGUUUUUGCCACAGUUAAAUCAAAGUUUCGUUAAUAAGUUUGGUCCCACCGUUUGGAUGUCAUUACUGGCAUGGGCCAAGCAUAUUGAUAAAGAUUCUUAGGUGUUUUGUAGUCAAAAAUACUCCCAUGCCGAAUGUAGAAUCUUGAUUUAUCACGGUCAAGAAGACCGACCGUAGAUGAAAAUCGGACAUGGUGGGUAACGAAUAAAGUAACAAACGAUACACAAGUCAGAGGGAUUGAGCUUCCAUUGAAAUUCGGGCUUGACUUUAAGUGAAGUUCGAUUUUACAGAGGUGUGGGGCACGUGAUCAAAGCAACAUUGAUCGAUAUAGCUACGGAUAUCUUUUUGUCAAAUUUAAAAAUUGCAUUUUUAUCUAUUUUGGAUUAAAGUUUUUUUCAUAUUUCUCUUUUAAUAUGCCACGAUUUUUAUUAAAUUUAAAGGUAACCUUCAAAGUACGUAGGACUUUUGAAUCUAGUCUUUAAUUUCAUUUAGCCUUUAAUUAUCCAGGUUUAGGGAUCCUUCUGUCUCAGUAAUGUAAUAACUGUGUUUGUUAAAUUGCCUGCAAUAAAAAUGAUAAACAACU